AAUGCAAAGGGUUAAGUUUCUCUUUGCUUGAUUUGGACGAUAUAAUUAUAUCGAUAAUGAUUGUUAUUGUUUUUUGUUAUUUGUCCGACAGUUCGUAUUUUAUUCAAACUCUUUAUAGACUUACAAAUUCAUUUUUACCAAACCGAAAAGGAUCAGUAACAUUCAUGAAAAAACAGAUGAUCACCACUCCGUGGCUAGAUCCUUCCAAGGAACUUUAUUAUAACAUCUGCGACUCUUAAAAUUCGUUGCCCGAAAUUUUUUGGUACAUAUAAAACGAAGAUCAUUGACUUCAAAACGAUUUGAGACUUCUCUAUUUCCUCUCUAUUAAUUCUAUUGUUUUUGAAAUUUACAAUCUCGUUAACAACUCGAACAACUGCGUGAAUUACUUAUCGAUACUGCAUUUAAAAAUAAGUAAAUUUUUUAGUAAACUGCGAAAAUAUACUAAAAAAACGAGUCUUAUUGUUGAGAAUAUGUCUAUGCAAAUUUAUAUUUUUAUGAAUAUAACUGAAGAAAUGAAAUCAGUAUAGAAAUUUAUUUUCUUCUACACAUAUCAUAAGGAGUUAUUUGAAUAUUUUCUAUAUUUGUGCAUAUUGUGCGUAUUCUGUAGAUUUUUACACAUCUAUAUAUCUGUAAGCUAUAAUAAUAGCAUAUUUAAUAUCACAUAAAACAUAUUUUUAAAUAUAUUGUUUUCGCUUAAGGAGAAACCCUGGAUUUUACCACCUCUAAAAGUAUAUUUCUAAACGUGAAUGAUAGGUGAAAAGGUUUUUAAAUAAGAAAUUUGAAAACUGUUAUCGUAAAGAAACGAUUAUGGGUAAUAAAAUGUGUUCAGAAUUAGCAUUAGCCAUUUGCUUCAAUAUCCGGUGGAUAUCCUCAUUUGUAUUGGUCAUAAAUACUAUGAGUCACGCGUGGUUGAUAUUUGGAAACUAACCUUUACAGACGUAUUUCUAGGAAAGAAAUAACUAGGAUAUAUAACAUAUAUCAAGAGUAGACAAGUACCCCUAUUUAUAAACUUCUUACGUAUCCUUCUUACGUAUUCUUUUUACGUGUUAUUAAUAUGAUGGAUCCUUUGAUGUAUAUGUUGAAAGAUCCAGAGGGUGAUUUUAAUUUUGCAAAUUUUCGUGCAAUGUGUUCAUUAGUUUUUAAGGAUGAUGAUAUUCGAAAAGAUGAAUGGAGGAUUCGGGAGAUUUUCGACUUAUUUGAUUUAGAUAAAGACGGCGUGUUGAAAGAAGAAGAAUUAACGAGAUUUGGUGAAUGGACAAGAAAAUUAAGCAUGCCUAAAACCGCUUUUUUGAUAGUAGACGUUCAAAAUGAUUUUAUCGAUGGGACUUUGUCUCUUCGUACUUGCGAAGCCAAACAGGAUGGAGCUGAUGUGGUGGAGCCAAUUAAUAAUUUGUUGAAAAAUGGAUCUUUCAAUAAAAUUAUUUACUCGUUAGAUUGGCAUCCGGAAAAUCAUAUCAGCUUUUACGAAAACUUACAUUUACGGGAAUUAUGUCCUAAUUCAAAGAUGAAAAGAGAAGAUGCUAAGUUAUUUGAUACAGUCAUAUUUGCGGAUCCUUAUCUGGAACAGAUUCUUUGGCCUAAACAUUGUGUGAUGAACACAUGGGGAGCAGAAUUACACAAAGAUCUUGUGAUUGCACCAGGUUCCAUACAGAUACGUAAGGGUCAAAACCCGGAUAUGGAAGCUUAUUCCGUAUUUUUCGAUAAUAAUUUUAAGGGAUCAAUGGAAUUGCACGCAAUGUUAAAAAAAGAGGGCGUGGAUUAUGUUUUCGUAUGUGGUCUCGCUUACGACAUUUGUGUAAAAGCCACAUGUUUAGACGGUCUUCGGUUAGGCUAUGCGAUAGCUGUAGUCGACGACUGUUGUUGUGGUGUUGCAGAAUCUAAUACUGAGGAGACUAAAAAAUUAAUUCUUGAGAAUGGUGGUCUGAUUACUAACAGUAACGACGUUAUUGCAAUGACAAAUGAAGGAAAAAAAAGCCUCGUCUUGGCCCACAAAAUUGCAAAGUCUAUGACAUUAAUUGAAAAUUCUGCAGAACUGGAAAGAUAAUAUUUUAUAAUUGACUGAGAAAAGCACGGGCUGUUUCGGAAACAAGGAAAUGUUGUUUCAUACGAGCUUGAUUAAUCAUUCCUAAUUUAUUGUACUUACAUAAUUUGCAUUAUUUAUAAUAUUAGUUGAACUUAAUGUACCAAUGUACAAAGAGAAACGGUGGAUGGUUAUAAAAAUGUAUGUACUUAAGAUAUGCGUUACGUCCGGUGACUUUAUACAAACCAGAAUCCAUCCCUCGGUCGAAGCGGCCACUGGCUGUGCACAUAUAAUUAAUUGUUAUAAAAUAUAUUCAAGUCGAGACGGUUAUUGUUCUUCUUUGACUUCUAUGGUUAUUUAUCUUGGUUUUUAUGGUUAUUGUUUCAUCAUGUAAAAAAUGGGAAUGACGGGUUUUCCCAUGUUCAACGAUCAUUUCCACCCGUAAGCGACCGGUGGUGGGGCAAUCAACAUCCAGCAAUAGUUUUCCUCUGUGACAGCAUCGUCACCGAACUUCAUUGGUUUAUCUGCUUUAGAUCAGUCAACAUCUCUUGACUGGUUUUUCAUCUGUUGAUCAGUCAAUGUCUUGACUGGUUUUUGUUCAAUGAUCAGUCAUCAAUUGUAACUUACUAUUACACGUCUCUGAGAAUACGUCUGUACGCACGUCGCAUAAUUAUUUAUAUCUACAAAGUUGUUGGAAUAAAGUAUAUAUUAUAAUCUGUUA